UGCCAAGUGCCAGUAUUACCGUUCCAAUAAAACGGGAGUGAAGAAGAAACCGUUACACGCUCUCAGCAAUGUUCGCGCUCUUGCCAUUUCUCCUUCCUCUAAAUUGCUAUAUCAUUGCUCUUCACUCCAAUCUGAGUUAAUACAAACAGAGAAUGGAAGAAAAGGGAGUCCAUGCUUAAAAAAGCAAUAGCAAUUAGCAUAAAUAAGCUUUCUCCUUUUGUCUGCUUCGCCCCAACUAACCGGCUUUUCUCUCACCUUUCUUGUGGCUUUCCUGGAAAUUUCACCAUGCAUUCUUAGGAAUUUCAUUUUCGCCGUGGUGGUCUUGUAUUUAAAGGUUAAUUGUUUGCUGUUGUGAUAAGAAAAGAGACGAGGGAAAUGGAGAACUUGUUGAGUGAUUUUGAUGUGCAAUCGAAACAUUCAUCUGAGGAUGUAUUGCAGAAAUGGAGGACGUUAUGCGGUGUGGUCAAGAAUCCGAAGCGUAGGUUUCGAUUCACUGCUAAUCUCUCCAAGAGAUAUGAGGCUGCUGCUAUGCGACGGACCAAUCAGGAGAAAUUAAGGAUCGCAGUUCUAGUCUCCAAAGCUGCAUUUCAAUUUAUCCAAGGUGUGUCCCCAAGUGACUACACUGUACCUACAGAAGUGAAGGCUGCUGGUUUUGAAAUUUGUGCCGAUGAGUUAGGAUCAAUAGUCGAAGGCCAUGAUGUGAAGAAACUAAAGUUUCAUGGUGGAGUAGAUGGUCUUGCACAAAAGCUCUCCACUUCAACCACUAAUGGUCUUUCUACAGACAAUGAUCUACUGAAUCGCAGACAAGGGAUAUAUGGGAUUAACAAAUUUGCCGAGAGUGAAUCUAGGAGUUUCUGGAUAUUUGUUUGGGAAGCCCUUCAUGACAUGACUCUUAUGAUACUCGGGGUGUGUGCUCUUGUGUCUUUAAUAGUUGGCAUAGCGACAGAAGGAUGGCCAAAAGGGGCUCAUGAUGGCCUUGGAAUUGUUGCUAGCAUCUUGUUGGUUGUGUUUGUCACAGCAUCAAGUGAUUAUCGUCAAUCAUUACAAUUCAAGGAUUUGGACAAGGAGAAAAAGAAGAUCAGCAUUCAGGUCACAAGAAAUGGAUUUAGGCAGAAGUUAUCAAUAUAUGAUUUGCUUCCAGGUGAUAUUGUACAUCUUGCUAUUGGAGACCAAGUCCCUGCGGAUGGGCUUUUUGUUUCAGGAUUUUCUGUAUUAAUUGAUGAAUCAAGUUUAACUGGUGAAAGUGAGCCAGUAAUGGUGAACUCCGAAAAUCCUUAUAUGCUCUCUGGAACAAAGGUCCAAGAUGGGUCAUGCAAAAUGUUGGUUACCACUGUGGGGAUGAGAACCCAAUGGGGUAAAUUAAUGGCAACUCUCAGUGAGGGAGGAGAUGAUGAAACCCCAUUGCAGGUAAAAUUGAAUGGAGUGGCAACCAUUAUUGGCAAGGUAGGUCUUGCCUUUGCUGUAGUGACUUUUGCAGUUUUGGUGCAAGGCCUACUUAGCCAUAAAUUGCAUGAAAGAUCCCACUGGAGUUGGUCGGCAGAUGAAGCAUUAGAGAUGCUAGAAUACUUUGCAGUUGCAGUUACAAUUGUUGUUGUUGCAGUUCCAGAGGGACUUCCACUGGCGGUGACAUUGAGUCUUGCCUUUGCCAUGAAAAAGAUGAUGAAUGAUAAAGCACUUGUCCGACAUCUGGCAGCUUGUGAGACCAUGGGAUCAGCAACAACUAUCUGCAGUGACAAAACCGGGACACUGACUACUAACCGUAUGACAGUUGUGAAAUCAUGCAUUUGCAUGAAUAUCAAGGAACUAGGCCAAUCUGAUAAGGCCUCAAGCUUGUGCUCUGAAAUACCUGAUUCUGCUGUGAAACUUCUGCUACAAUCAAUAUUUAAUAAUACUGGAGGUGAAGUUGUUGUUAGUAAAGAUGGAAAGCUCGAGAUAUUGGGAACACCUACUGAGAGUGCUUUAUUGCAGUUUGGCUUGUCUUUAGGUGGAGAUUUUCAAGCAGCUCGACAGGCUGUGAAACUUAUUAAAGUUGAGCCUUUCAACUCUACAAAAAAGCGAAUGGGGGUAGUGGUGGAGCUUCCUGAGGGAGGCUGCAGAGCCCACACUAAAGGUGCUUCAGAAAUUGUUUUGGCUGCUUGUGACAAGGUGAUUAAUUCGAAAGGUGAAGUUGUUUCCCUCGAUGAUGCAUCGCUUAACCAUCUUAAGGUUACAAUUGAUCAGUUUGCUAGUGAGGCUCUUAGAACUCUAUGUCUUGCCUAUAUGGAUGUAGGAAAUGGGUUUUCCCCUGACAAUCCCAUUCCAGUUUCUGGGUAUACUUGUAUUGGCAUUGUGGGUAUUAAAGAUCCUGUUCGUCCUGGUGUCAAGGAGUCAGUUGCAGUUUGUCGUUCAGCUGGUAUCACUGUACGAAUGGUUACUGGAGACAAUAUAAAUACUGCAAAGGCUAUAGCUAGGGAAUGUGGGAUUCUUACUGAUGAUGGUAUAGCCAUUGAAGGUCCAGAUUUUAGAGAGAAGAAACAGGAAGAGAUGCUUGAAUUAAUUCCCAAAAUUCAGGUGAUGGCUCGUUCCUCACCUCUAGACAAGCAUACUUUGGUGAAACAAUUGCGAACUACAUUUGGAGAAGUUGUUGCAGUGACUGGUGAUGGAACGAAUGAUGCCCCAGCUCUUCAUGAAGCAGAUAUUGGUCUCGCAAUGGGAAUUGCUGGAACUGAGGUGGCUAAAGAGAGUGCUGAUGUCAUAAUUCUGGAUGAUAAUUUCUCUACCAUCGUGACUGUGGCGAAAUGGGGACGUUCAGUUUACAUAAAUAUUCAAAAAUUUGUACAGUUCCAGCUGACAGUUAAUGUUGUUGCAUUAGUUGUUAACUUCUCUUCAGCUUGUUUGACAGGGAGUGCUCCCCUCACUGCUGUUCAGCUUCUGUGGGUAAAUAUGAUUAUGGAUACACUGGGAGCACUAGCACUCGCAACAGAACCUCCAAACAAUGAAUUGAUGAAACGUGCACCAGUUGGAAGGAAAGGGAAUUUUAUUAGCAAUGCCAUGUGGAGGAAUAUCCUAGGCCAGUCUUUAUAUCAGUUUCUAGUAAUAUGGUAUCUUCAGGCAAAAGGGAAAGAAGCAUUUGAUAUCGAGGGUCCAGAUUCUGAUCUUCUCCUGAAUACUCUCAUAUUCAAUUCAUUUGUCUUUUGUCAGGCUUUCAAUGAGAUAAGCUCACGAGAUAUGGAGCGCAUCAAUGUCUUCAAAGGCAUACUGAACAACUAUGUUUUUGUUGCUGUUCUUGGCUGCACUGUCAUUUUCCAAAUCAUAAUUGUGGAAUUCCUGGGCACAUUUGCAAAUACAACACCUCUCAAUCUAUCACAAUGGCUUGUUUGCGUAAUAAUUGGAUUUAUAGGCAUGCCAAUUGCUGCUAUACUGAAGAUGAUCCCAGUAUAAAUUGCACUUAAGAGAUGCUGCUGUCUUUUGAAUUUUCAUCUAAAACCCUACAUUUGAUAACUGACUUCGAGGUUUCUUCUUGGUGGAAGAUUGACGAAGUAGUGCAAUUAUUUGCACGCUUAAGUUCUUUUUGCUUGUCUUUGGCAACUGUUUUCCAAAACCAAUGGAAUUUUUCUUCUUCUUCUUCUUCUUCAUUCUUAUCUAUUUCUAGCAAGUGCAGUUUUUCAUGCAUCUUAUAGAUGAAAUUCCAGUUUGGAGGCUUUGUUUAAGGCUUGCUCAUGUAAAGGAGCUUUCUUCAUUGAAUCAAUUUACUCUCAUGUAGUUAAAAAAUUCUUUAUUUUUGGAUUUUUUUAAUUAUUUGUUAA